AUGGUUCACGCAGUUCAAUCCGUCAUGCCAUCGGCAACCUAUGCCUCCACGGGGCCUCGCACUCGCAGAGGCACCUAUCAGGAUAUUCCGGUUUCCUCCACCUCACACCCAGACAACCCAAUUCCCGAAGAGCCUCGAGGCGUACGUGCUCUCUCUGUGACCGACACCAACUUCAAUGUCAUUUCUUCUGGAUCUUCCCAAACCACUGAAUCGACGGGCACAGUUUCUCCCGCUACUCCUCUGACACCGCCCGAGUCACAAUCCGAUGAAGAGCUUGCAACCGACAAGGAGGAUGGCAGCCGCCAACGACGACGGGCGUCGACCGUCCUAAUCUCUCAGAACUCGAAUGAUAUGAGACGGGUGUUGGGAACUGUUGGCACCGCAGGUACUCAGAAGCUUGAAUCUCUCUGCUGUGGUGGGGGUUGUUGCCGGGGACAAGCAUUGCGUCCUGUAGAUGGCCCUAUCUCAGGCUUCAAUUCCAUCGUUGGGCCCUCUAACAAGGCUUUCGACAGCCUCAAGUUGAAUCUCGAUCUCCUUACCAUGGACAGUGAGCUCUCCAGCAUUGCCCCGCUCCCAGAGAAGACAGUCUCGUUCAAGCCGGUCCCCGCAUCGGCAGCCGGUAUGGCAUUCGGCCCCGCAGACCACCCCCCAGAGUUCGUGCAGCCGCAUCCUCCUUACCAGGUGUACCGUGCACCUCUCUUCCACACCCGUGAGUUGACGGGUCCUGGUGCGGAGAAGCGUACCUACCAUUUCGACAUCGAUGUCACACACUACCCCGCUGAAAGCGGGAUGGUCGACUUCGUAGUUGGCGGUGCAAUCGGCGUGUGUCCCAAGAACAAGGACUCGGAAGUUGAAGAUGUGCUCAACCUGCUUGGUGUGCCCCGCUCAAUGCGUGAUAAGAAGAUCCUCAUGCGCACCACCAAGGGCCGUUGGCCCACGAUCUGGGGCGACGACAAGCCCCGUGAGCUGAUCACAACCCGCCGCGAAGUCCUGAGCUGGUGCUCCGAUAUCCAGUCCUACGCCCCGACAAAGCCUCUAUUCCGCCUCCUCGCCGAGCACAGCAGCGAGCCAAAUGAGAAGAAGAUCCUGGAAUACCUCUCCUCAGCACAAGGCCAAGGCGCCUUUUGCGAUCUCCGCACCAGCUCCUUCGUCUCUCUCUCGCAGCUCCUUCACGCCUUCCCCUCCUCCCAACCACCUCUCGACCACCUUCUCUCUGUCCUCAACACCCUCAUGCCACGCUUCUACUCCCUUUCUCAGGACCCCCAGAUCUCCUGCACAUACAAGGGUUCCGAGUGCCGCCGCCUGAUUGAAGUAGCAGUGACAGUCGCCGAGUCGGACGACUGGCGCGGCGGAUCCCGCACAGGCGUCGGAUCCGGCUACCUGGAAUCCCUCGCCCGCCGCGCCAUCGCCGCCGAAGCAAAGGGCGAGAAACUCGACCUCCACGUCCCAAUGUUCCGCGGCCUAAUGGCCAACCCCCUCGCCACACGCUUCGCCUCGGAUGGACCCAUGCUCCUCAUCGGCGCAGGCGUCGGCAUCGCCCCAUUCCGCGGCUUUGUCCAGCGCCGCUUGCAGUCCGCCAACUGCGCAAACAAGGUCUGGGUCCUGCAGGGUGUGCGCGAUUCCCUGCUCGACGAGCUGUAUAGUGGUGAAUGGGGAGUGCACGAGGACAAGGUGCGCACAGUCGUCCAGAGUCGCAAGGGCGAGAGUCGCUACGUGCAAGAGGAAGUCCGCCACCAGGCCGAUCUGGUCUGGUUCGUUAUCAACUCACUCGAUGGACGUGUUUUCGUCUGUGGUAGCGGUAAGGGUAUGGGCGAGGGCGUCGAAGCCGCGCUCAUCGAAGUCGCCAUGGCGAAGGGUAAUCUGAAUGCCCAGGAGGCGGAUAUGUUCUGGCAACGCAAGAAGGAGGCUGGUCAAUAUAUUGCUGAAACUUGGUAA